CUCUUGUCUCUUGACACGUCAUGUAUAAUCUGCAACAACGAUUCAAUAACCUUUUUUCUUUUGCUGUUAGUGUUCUAUCUGCAGUUCUUGGCAUAGUUGCCCUCAUCUCUUACAUUCAAGGCUAUCCACCUAUCCAAGGCGCACUUAAAGUAGAUGCCAGCAACAUUAAAGUUGUCGCACGUCGUUUUGGUCCAGAAAAUCAAGAUUAUAGAAAAAAGAGUGAAUUUGCAAGACUUUCAUUUGAUAUUGAUGCUGACUUUAGUGAAUUAUUCAAUUGGAACACAAAGCAGAUAUUCGUCACUGUUGUAGCUGAUUAUGAAACAGACAAAUAUAAACGUAACUCAGUUGUGCUUUGGGAUCGAAUCAUCACUCAAAAGGAAAAGGCGAAUUUAAAGCUAAAGAACGUUGGUAACAAGUAUGCUAUGGUUGACAUUUCUCAAAAGUGGAAUUAUGAACGGGCCAAUCUUUCCAUUGCCUGGGAUAUCACACCUCAUGUCGGUCUUUUACAAUCAGGUCAACUCCUGACUGAUGCACAUUUGAUCAUACCCGCCUUUUCUGAAGUAUAAAAAGAAAAAAAGUUCAUAAAGAUUUUAUUUACAUACAACAAAUUUAAAUGAAUACACAGUUUUUUUUUUAGUCUUGUUUAACAGUAACAGAAGAGUUAUUUAAGGUAUUCUUAGCAUCA